UAGGCCAAUUGUUGGUACUUUCAAACCGUCGGAUGGUGAGUGAGAAACAUGAAAGCCAACGGGAAGUCGUCUGGUGGGAGAAAACAGGCGCCAUCUGCAGGUCCCGGGGAGCAGGCUGCGGUCCCAACUGGACCUGGACGAGGAGGUGGAAAUGGGGGGAGAGAGGUGACAAGGCGCCUGGACACCCCGAGUAUAACCCGCAGCAAGUCAUCUCGGUCACAGGCUCCUAUAGGCGCUGAGUUAAUGAAAGAGGAUCAAGAGGAGGGAGAGGCAAAGGGCGCCCCCGCCGUUGUGCAGAGGAAAAACUCCACCCUCCUUCAGCCCUUGACUGCAGGCAUCCCCCCUUUCCCAGCUCUUCCUGAGACCCGAGAGGGUACCGAUGUCCGCCAACCUCCGAGCACGGAGACGACGGGAGGCGCAGCUGCAAUACCUACCUUAGCCACGGAGCCACUGGAGAGGAAGGAGGAUGGAAGGUCAGCUAUGGAGGAGGCGUAUGGUUUUUCACCAUUCCUCCUCUCUCCUUCUUCUCCUCCUGCUCCUGCUGGCGACGGUGGCGAUCCUGAUCUUGGCCUGCAGCUCAGUGCAAGGUCGGGAGACUUUUACGACCCGCCCUACGUCAUCCCGUUUCCGAAGCUUCCCGAAGGGGACAGGGAUGGCUUCAUCUUGUCGCUGUUGGAGCGGGAAUUUCCAGAGAUAUAUCCGCCGCGGCCAGCAUCCCCUCCUCCUCCUCCCCCUCCGCAAUCCGUAGAGACGAAAGAGGAGUCCUUGGAGAACACGGCGAUAGUGGAAGACAAGGCUGAGGAUCGAGCAGCUGGACGGGCGGCCAAAGGUGGAAAAGGCGGCAAGAGGGACAAAGGGAAGUUGCCUCCUUUGGCUGACACGGGUGCGGCAGCAACUGCAUCUGCGGCCGAUAAGGGGCGCGAACCCCGUCAGACGGCGACAAGAGGGGCCAAAAGAGCCGGAACGAAGGCAGCACAGCCGGCUGUGGGUGCUGCUGCUGGGGGGGGUGCAAAAAAGCAAAAAGGGCCCUCUUCGACGGACCCCCCGGAGGGUCAAAUUGGGGGUAAGGGAGGACCAGAGGCGGCCGCAGCGAGAGCAGCGACAUCGAGGGGAAAAGUGGGGGCCAAGCGACCAAUGGGAGCAGAACAACAGGGGGAGGUGGUGGGUCAGGCGGGAGAGAUAGCUGAGGACUUGACGAGCGAGAAACCACCCCUGACCAAAGAACAAGAGGCGAAGGAGCGACGCGAGAAGGAGAAAGCCGAUGUGUUUAAUGGCAGAAUUGCAUCCAUUGAUCACGGAUGUGUUGCUGCCAUUGAGCAGAGUCUGGACAUGGAGGGGUAUUUGGAGCAGAUGGUUAUUCAAGCGAUCGAGGAAGAAGAGAGGAUUCUUGCUGAAGCCGACAAAGGUUACCUGAAGACGACACGAGCACUAAUAGUGCAUGAGAUGUUAGCGCAGAUGAGACGGGACGAAUUCCGGCAGUAUGUAAUGAAGCAUGCAGAGGCAUUGAAGCACCGGUACACAAAGAAAAAACGAGUGGGAGGUGGAGGAGGAGGGGUCUUGGACGACAUGAAGUUCGUUCGUGACGAGGUGGCGAACACUGCGUGGAAGAGGGUGAUGAACUCGGUGCAGAGACAACUGGUAGGUAGGUACGUAUAUGAAAGGUAAAUGGAAUGAGACCAACAAGUUACUUAGCACGUAAUAGUAAAUAAAUACAAAUGCACAGUCAAAUCUGUUCCUUUUCUUUUGUUUUUUGUUUUUAUUAUUAAAAAAAAAAAAAAAAACAGUUUAUCCACCAAACUUCCAAAGUAUAUCCUUUUUUUUUUUUUAUCCACAGGACCACAGAUAAAUUAGUAACACAAUA